UUCACAAUGCAUCAUUCAUCGAAAGCAAGUGGCGAUCAAUGGAGAAGUGGUAUUUGCUUAAGUAAUUUCCAGCUUCCAGGACAUCAGCCAGGUAUUGUGUAUCAGGGGCGGACUGACAACUCAUGGGGCCCCUGGGCAAUAGGGGAUCAUGGGGCCCCUGUGUCCUUGCCCAAAUUCAAAAAAGCCUAUGAAAAAGGUACCAGGGGCAUCUCGUGGGGCCCCCUACUUACCCCGGGGUCUCGGGCAGUGCCCAAGUUUCCGAAUGGUCAGUCCACCCCUGCU